CUGGCCUCGCGGGUUCUUUCACGAGCCCUAUGGCUCGCUGUGGUCUUCAUUAUGCGAUUCAUCCAUCUUGUCGUAAGCAUUCCCCCUGUACCAUCGUGCAGUUUGUAGUACAAGUUUUUAGUACAGCUGUUUGUGAUAGCCUGCGUCUAUCGUAGCAUUCAUAGCUUGCAAGCAUUCUGUCUUGCCCCAUCUUACAAUAGAAGCUUGCACCUGUAGGACUUUGAUUUGAAAUCAUGUUACUCAGUGUUUGAUGCUGCUCCUUUGUAGUUUCUUGCAGAUGUUUCUUGCAGUUUCUGCGUAGUAAGUACACAAAAACAUCACUUUCGUACCGUAUACGUAUAUAUCCCAUAUUUGUUCAUGCAUCCAUUAUCGAUUGCACAGGAGCCCUGUGACCGCCAAGGCGUUUGUACCUUCGUAUUUUCGCAAUAAAAGUUGUACUGCCGUUACGGUGUGGACAUUCAUAUCUUUCUCGUGAUGCAGACUGUUUGCCCGAGUCAGCGCCCGAUGAGGGGCAUUUUGUACGAUAAUUUACCUGCUGAGAUAUAGCAUCAAGUCUGUGCCUCUCUAGUUCUACUUAACGCCUUACGCUGUAGCAUCAUAUAUCUGUGUCGUGUUGCUGCUAACGUUUGUGUUCGCAGUGAAAAAAUAUCCAACAAAAACCGAUACACCGAAGAGGACCAGUAAGGCGACAAAGGUGACACCGGUGACCACGUCGACGUCUAGCACCGCAAGCACGUCAAGUACCACGACGACCACCCCGACGACUACAACUACCAGCACUACGACAACCACAACUACCACAACUACGACUACGAGUACCACGACCACAACUACCACUACGACUACCACUACCACGACUACCACUACCACGACUACAACCACCACGACAACCACCACGACUACAACCACCACGACUACAACCACCACGACGACUACCACCACCACGACGACGACGACGACCACCACCACCACGACGACGACGACCACCACCACCACGACGACGACCACCACCACCACGACGACGACCACCACCACAACGACGACGACCACCACCACAACGACGACCACCACGACGACGACGACCACCACCACGACGACGACCACCACCACAACCACGACAACCACGACCACCACAACUACGACAACCACGACCACCACGACCACGACAACCACAACCACGACAACCACGACGACUACAACUACUACUACAACCACGACGACUACCACGAAGUACCCAUAUGUUCUAAUUUGUGUGUGUGAGGACCCCCUUCCCGAGUCGAUGCGCUGGAAUGACCUCCUUGGAGCCUCCCUUCCCAGUAACUUGUGCAGCUUCGUAUUCUACGGCAUGAAGUACCCCGGAGGCGCUGACGAGAUCUUCGAGGGUUACGUCGACCCGGGUUCACCUUUCGAUAACUUCCAAAGAUUUAUUGAUCAAAUCAGAAGACCCGAUCUCAACCUGGGCAUCGUCGUUCCAUACAUGAUCGCCGAAAGUCUCGAGCCGCGACUUCGACAACAGGAAGGGAGAGAGGCCUUCAACAGGUAUUGGGACAAAGGCUUCAAGAACUACGCUGUUCUCGAUAUCGAUGUCACCCCAUUUUCUUUUGAGUCCUAUUUUACAGAUAUGAAAUCUUUUAUAUCGGCGGUCCGAAGCAUGCAAAGCAGGCCGCUCACGACAUUCUUUAUAGGCCUCAAGCUCAAUUUUGUCAUUGACAGCAUCGGCUCAAGCGAGAUAAGCGUCGCCCAGUCGCUAAUAAAUGAUAUCAAGCCCGACGGUGUUCUUUUCCUCCCAACCUUCCGAACGCUGUUCAGUAGAUCCAAUUGUAGGUUGACUGGAUCGUCAGUAUGGAAAAACUCUCCUAUUGUAGACCAGCCUACUUUCGAACACUCUCUGCAACUGAUGUUAUACCUCACCUUUCCCCCGAACACCAUAAAGCUGCUUUCAUUUUCUAUGGCCGGUCGUUCAUCCCAAGUUAAGUGGAAAAAGGCGUGGGACCUCAGGUCAAAAUGCAGCUGGACGACCAUGUCAACGCCAUCAAGCUAUGUUUGUCCUGGUGGUGCCGAUUACAAGGAUUUCAAGGGAAACAAGCCAUCUCCGAAUCGUAAGCUGAAUAAGGAGUGGAUGGAAUAUAUGGUGAAGCACGGUGAGAGGCUCCACAUCUACGAGUGGGAUGACAGCAUGAUUAACAAGAUAUGUUGGGCGUACAAGCUCUACGGAUUUCAAGACGGCUGGGUGUUCUUCGACUUCACCCAUGAUGCCAUGAACAGCUGUGCACGUAGAGGAGCACAGCACUACGGAUCAAUUCUAAAUGUCAAGGACCACCUGAGAAGUCGCAAAGCACUAUGCAAGAAUGUGCAGCUACCUAGCCCAUGAGCAGCGCGGGAACGUUGUAUAUUUAUAUAUGUAUCUCAAUACGCAACAAUGUGUUAGUUCCUGUGUUAGACCUUA